GUGGCCUGGGUGGGCUCCAGGGCUGCCCUUGGCAGGGCCGGAGCUGUCCUCCAGCUGGCGGUGGAGCUGGCGGUCUCUGGGAGAGAGGGCGCUGGGCGGAAGUGGCUGGGGGUGGCAGGAGGCCAGGUUUUGGCGGGAUCAGGUUAAGGCAGGUUUGGUUUCUGAAAAUGCCAAGUUGAGGGCCAGUGGGGCUGGUGUAUAAAUCCCCACCCUGGGUGCCUGGCCACUUUGUUCUCCUUCCUGGGUCUCUCUCUGCCACGGGUCGAUCCAAGAUGUCCAGUACCCUGGAGCAGGCGCUGGCUGUGAUGGUCACCACCUUCCACAAGUACUCCUGCCAAGAGGGCGACAAGUUCAAGCUGAGCAAGGGGGAGAUGAAGGAACUUCUGCACAAGGAGCUGCCCAGCUUCGUGGGGGAGAAGGUGGAUGAGGAGGGCCUGAAGAAGCUGAUGGGCAACCUCGAUGAGAACAGUGAUGAGCAGGUGGACUUCCAGGAGUACGCUGUGUUUCUGGCCCUCAUCACUAUCAUGUGCAACGAAUUCUUCCAGGGCUGUCCAGACCGAUCCUGAAACAGAGCCCUUGACUCCCUGACAUGAUGGAGCUCUUGGGCCCGGGACUCUCAAUCCCUUUUGGUUUUGUACUCAAUAAAAUUUUUUGUUUGUUGAUACUAGUUUAAUUGCUCAGUGAUGCCCCAUAAUCUGGCUGGCUCAGUUGGAGUGCUGGAAACUCAGGGCCUCCUGGAUCCCAUUCCCUUCUGGGCUCUGACUCACCCGGAAAUCUCUCCAAGGCCAGAGCUGUGCCUUAGGUCCCAGCUUUGGGAUUUCAAAUACCAGUGAAAAUUUGGAAAUUGAGAUAGGUUGCCAACAAUUUAUUUUGCCAAAUAAAGAUAUUAAAAAAGGC